UCUCAGCCCUGAUGAUGCAAACUGCAACGUUUGCGAAACGUCGGCAUAUCGCUGAUUCAAGACACGGCUCCAUUCCGGAAGCUAUAUCUAGACAUUGUAUCAAUGGCCGUGAAAGCCUCAAAUCUAGUUUAUAAAAGUGUUUCGCCUAUCAAAGGAAGCAGUUAUUUAUAUAUGUUAUUCACUUCAGUGUAUUUUACAACGUAAAGGAAGAAAAGGGUUAAGUGUAGAAACACAGGUAAUUAUAUAAAUUUGAAUAAAGCUAUGAAAUACACACAUCGUAAACACUACAGUUGUCCGCUAUAUUUAGAUGAAAUCUAGCGGAACGCAAUUAAUGGUCCAACGAGAGAAUAUUUGUUGAACAGUUUUCAAAACAAAUUUUCUUAGACUAUUAACUUCGUUCUGAACUGCAUUGAACAUAACGAACAAUUUUAUUGUCUACGACUGUGUGUACAAUUUAUAUUAUUUAAUACUGAUUUUGUUGAAAUACUUAAUGUAAUAAAAAACUAUAUGUUAGUAAUUAUAAUACUUACAGGUACUAGCUGCACUGCGUUUCUUUGCUAUAGGCUCCUAUCAAAAAGGUAUUGGUAAUGAUUACCUGAUAUCUGUAUCACAACCAGCUACUAGCAGAGCAAUAAAAGCAGUAGCGAUGGGUAUUACACAAUUGCUUGCCAAUGAGUGGAUCAAAUUCCCAAAUACAGAUGAAAAACGAGCAGCUUUAAAAGAAAGAUUUCAAAAGGAAAGAAAUUUUAAAGGAGUAAUAGGCUGCAUAGAUUGCACUCAUGUUGCUAUUGUAAGACCAACACAUCACGAGGAAUCAUAUUUAAACCAUAAAGGUUUUCAUUCCAUUAAUGUUCAGGCAAUAGCGUCACACGAUUUGGAAAUCUUAAAUAUCAAUGCCAGAUUUCCUGGAAGUGUCCACGAUAACUUUAUAUGGAGACAUUCUGCCGUAAGGGAUUUUAUGCAACAAUUAUAUGAUUCCGGAGAUCGAUCAACAUGGCUUUUGGGCGAUGCAGGUUACGGUUUGGAACCUUGGCUGAUGACACCUAUCACAGAUGCAGCAGCAGAAAGCGCAGAAGCAAGAUAUAUGCAGUGUCACACAUCUACAAGAAAUUGUAUCGAAAGAACUUUUGGACUUUUAAAAAAUAUGUGGAGAUGUCUUCUUAGUCAUCGUGUGCUACAUUACGCACCCAUCAUGGCGUCAAAUAUAAUUAUAGCUUGUGCUGUAUUACACAAUAUAAGACUCAGUUAUAAUCUUAUUGAUAAAGAAUAUGAUAUUGACGAAGAGAGUGAAGUUGCAGCCGUGCAAAGAGCGUUAGAAAUUGCUGGUGCAGAUGAAGAACAAUUAAAUAUCGGAAACAGAUUAGUAGAAGCGAGAAGAGUACAAAGGACAAUUCUUCGGACUCAGUUUGGUUUACGAAAUUAAACAUGAUAAAAUGAUAAGUAAUGAAGGAUAAUUGUCAUUUUUAUAAAUUUGUCAUUUUUAUUAUAUAUAUAUGUUAUAAUACAUAUUACAGUCUUGUCCUUGUAUUAUCUUUUUAAAAAAUAAACUAAAAAAUAAAAUAUAUUGAAA